GUCUCCGGUACAGGUCACUCCCUGAGGCUGGGCUGGGGCGGGGCGGGGCGGACGAUGGAGAGCAGAUCGAGCGCCCCGGCCACCUUCACGCUGCUGCCCAGCCGCCCUGGAACCCCAGAGCCCGGCCAGCAGUGGGCACAGGCCGGACCCCUAUCCUGUGCACAUAACCACAGACAAGCACCUGCUGCCUGGAACUUCUCCAAGGGCUCCUGGGUAGUGACCCUGGACGGCGGGGCUGGCCCCUCCAGUGGAGGCUGACUUGGCCUCGGUGACAGGAGCUCGGGACACCUGCCACAGCCCCACUAUGCUCCUGACAUCCACCGUAUCAGCUGUGCCUGGGCCCCUCUUUUCCCCCAGCUCGUCAAGCAAUGGCAGCCAGGAGGAGCCAUUGGAUGCCCGGGACCCGCUGCUAGCCCGGGCGGAACUGGCCCUGCUCUCGACAGUCUUUGUGGCUGUGGCCUUUAGCAAUGGCCUAGUUCUGGGGGCUCUGGUACGGCGCGGCCGGCGCGGCCACUGGGCACCUAUGCACGUCUUCAUCGGUCACUUGUGCCUGGCUGACUUGGCUGUGGCUUUGUUUCAAGUGUUGCCCCAGCUGGCUUGGGAUGCCACCGACCGCUUCCGUGGGCCCGAUGCCCUGUGCCGGGCUGUCAAGUACCUGCAGAUGGUGGGCAUGUACGCCUCUUCCUACAUGAUUCUGGCCAUGACGCUAGACCGCCACCGGGCCAUCUGCCGCCCUAUGCUGGCAUACCGCCAUGGAGGUGGGGCUCGCUGGAACCGGCCAGUGCUGGUGGCCUGGGCCUUCUCACUGCUUCUCAGCCUGCCUCAGCUCUUCAUCUUUGCUCAGCGCGACGUGGGGAAUGGCAGUGGGGUGUUUGACUGUUGGGCCCGAUUUGCAGAACCCUGGGGCCUUCGUGCCUAUGUCACUUGGAUUGCCCUGAUGGUUUUUGUGGCGCCUGCCCUGGGUAUUGCUGCCUGCCAGGUUCUUAUCUUCCGGGAGAUUCAUGCCAGUCUGGUGCCAGGGCCAUCUGAGAGGGCUGGGGGGCGCCGCAGAGGGCACCGGACUGGCAACUCAAGCGAGGGCACCCGGGUGUCGGCAGCCAUGGCCAAGACUGUGAGGAUGACGCUGGUGAUUGUGAUUGUCUACGUGCUGUGCUGGGCACCGUUCUUCCUCGUGCAGCUGUGGGCAGCAUGGGACCCAGAGGCCCCGCGGGAAGGGCCCCCGUUCGUGCUACUCAUGUUGCUGGCCAGCCUCAACAGCUGCACCAACCCCUGGAUCUACGCUUCCUUCAGCAGCAGCGUCUCCUCGGAGCUUCGCAGCCUGCUGUGCUGUGCUCGGAGACGCACUGUCCCGAGCCUGGGGCCCCAAGACGAGUCCUGUGCCACAGCCACCUCCUCCCUGACCAAAGAUACUCCCUCCUGAGCAGUGGGGGCCUUUCUCCCCGAAAGGCUGCUCCUGUCUGGCUGGGGCUUGUUCUAGGAGUUACAAGGAAAGGGAGCCCCUGGUCCAGCCCUGGCUUCCCCUAAGUUUCACUGUCCCCGGGUGUACAAGGAGAAAGGCUCUAGGAUGAUACAGGGAUUCUUAGGUCAACUUGUUUUUUUUUCCAAGGUAGGGUCUCACUCUAGCCCAGGCUGACCUGAGACUCACUCGGUGUGUAGUCUCGGGCUGGCUGUGACUUCGAACUCACAGUGCUCUUCCUACCUCUGCCUUCCGAGUGCUGGAAUUAAAAGUGUGCCCCACCACACCCGGCUAGGUGAUCUUCUUUGUGCCAGGCCUGGGGGAAGACUCUGGCAGAGGGCUGCAGGGUCUGGAGGCGCAUGUGCCUCCCAUCCUGGCAGUCACCCCCAGAGCGAGGCAGAGGUCCCAGGGAGCCGAGGAAGGAUUAGGGUGGGGCCAGUAUUCCUGUCUAUGCCACACUUGUCCCUCCUUUCUCACUGCCUUCCUAAUAAAAGUUACAGUUCAUUUUUCCACAUA